AUGGGCAAUACUCCCUCCAAUCCCGCAUCCCAAUCGUACUCCCAUCACUCCCCGGUCCGUCGAGGCAGUCCUGCUCGACCCUCCUCUUCUGCAUCGCAGCGAGUCCAUCGCUCUCUACGAACCAAGAAGAAGUCUCUCGAGCUGCCCGACCUGGCGUUUCUUGCUCUCACUCCCGCCUCCUCCUCUCCCUCCUCGGUCUCGCCACAUGGGGCGUACCGCAGGCCACGCGCGUCUUCACCCAUUCCUAUCCCUACUGCCGCUCACCCACCGCAACCGACAUUCCGUCCACAGAACAAUCUUCCUUCAGCAGCUCACGUUCCAUUGGCCAAUAACAAUCAGGAAUCUUCUGGCGUUGGGCGUGGUGCACGACCCAAGUCCUCAUAUUUGACAAGCGCAUACCCAUCGACACGUUCAUUCAUGGCCAAGGUACAGGAGCAGUCCCCUCCUCGGUCUGAUCCUACGAAGCAUGUGUUUGUGCCCGAAGUUGUGCACAGCACGCUUCCCCUUGUCCUGGUCAAGCCCGAGGAGGAUAUCGGUCACCCUGAGCCUGUCUCGGUGAAGAUUGUUUGGCGCGGAAGCGGCAAGUCAGUGGUUCUCGCACGUGCUGGAGACGAUAACUGGCAGGGGAGGCAGUCGAUGGACUAUGAGUCUGCCACCGACACAUGGUUGACGUUCGUCUCGUUGCUCCCGGGUACCCAUCACUUGAAGUUCAUUGUCGAUGAUCAAUGGAAGAUCUCGGAUGAAUACCCUACUGCGGUGGAUGAUAGGGACGGGUCGCUGGCCAACUACGUUGCGGUCCCAUUCCCGUCAUCCGCCUCAUCUCCACAGACUGUGACUGCCCCGACAUCGGGCUCCGUUUCUCCGUUGGCGAGUCCUCAUCACGGACACCCGCAUGCUGCCAACAGCUUUUGGAGUGAUUCAAGCAGUGCGGUCGGCGCGAAUGGUGUUGUGAGUGGUGCAGAUGGGCGCAGUAGGGCGCACUUGGAGUGGACGACAGAGAUACCCCCGGAGCUGACAGCGGCGGCACAGGAGGAGGAGCAAUAUCUUGCUCUCACGGAUAACCAUGAAAUGUCCUCGAAUUCCUCUGCCUCUGGGUUUAUACCCGCUCCCAAUAUCCCACCGGCUCCUCAGCUGCCCCGCCAUCUGGACAAGCUGAUCCUCAAUGUGCGUCCGUCGAACGUCAGUGGCUCGCCUGUACCUGCGGAGAGAGAGCGGUCGCGGAAAUCGAGCAAGGACAAGAUUAGGCGAGACCGAGAUAGAGACAGCCGUUCGCGUCCGUCGAACCUCAGCGUGACGUCCAGCACGGCCGUCGAUCCCUCGUCUGAGACAGACCAUGUUGUGUUAUCGCCGCUUGGACUGCCUGUCGUUACAGCGUCUGGGACAGAUGUCACCGCAGGAUUGGCCCCGCUCGCAACCACUAUACCCGACGGCGGGCCGAAGCUCAAUGGUGCCGUUGCAAAGCUGGACUUUACGGGGCUGGCGGACGAUACAAGCGUCUUGCCCGUGCCUUCGCAUGUCGUGCUGCAUCAUUUGAGCACGAGCGCGAUCAAGAAUGGAGUACUGGCGGUGGCGAACACCACGAGGUACCGUAAGAAGUAUAUUACGACGAUCUACUAUAAGCCAACAUGA